CAACUCAAGCUAUGCAAAUUUUUGUUGCAAAAACAUGGGUUCUGUGGUGACCAAGUCUAAACCUCUCUUAAUUGCCCCAUCCAAACCAACCCCUAGGGGGAAACUCUCUCUCUCUCCAAUUGACAAGAUCCAAAUUUUGCAAUCCGUACUUAUUCCAUCUAUACAUGUUUUCGCACACGGCGAUAGUGGCAGCAGCGUUGAGAUAGUUAAUACGAUAAAACAGGCAAUAUCGGAAGCACUAGUUCUAUAUUACCCGCUUGCAGGUCGACUUAUGGAAGUAGGGGACGGGGACCUCUGCAUUGAGUGCAAUGGAGAAGGAUUAGGCUUCGUCGAGGCGUCGGCGGAUUGUAGCUUGGAGGAUGUGAAUUUCUUGGAGCACCCUUAUGUGAUCCCGUUGGAAGAGCUCGUAGUAGAUCAUCGCGGUUGGAGAGUAACCGAUCCUCCCGUCGUUAUGCAGGUAACCAAAUUCACCUGCGGUGGAUUCGCCGUCGGCUUUGCAUGGCACCACUCACUCUCCGACGGCACCGGAGCUGCACAAUUCUUGAAUGCUGUAGGCGAGCUCGCUCGCGGCCUCCCACGCCCAACCGUCAACCCGAUUUGGGCCAGGGAUUCUCUCCUCGAUCUUCCCCCGAAAAUGCCCUCAUUACCUUUAUGGACUCCGAACUUACUCGAGUUACGGUGCUCCGAGCUGAACAUGCCCUUAGAUUACAUCAAUCGAACUAAGGAAAACUUCUUUCGACAAAUUGGACAAUCGUGCACCACAUUUGACGUGGCCUUGGCCACAAUUUGGCAGUGUCGGACACGAGCAAUAGGCUUAGAACCUACUGAACCAGUGCAGGUGUAUUUUGCGGUGAAUGUCCGCGAAAUGCUACAAGCUCAACCAGGCUACUACGGAAAUAGCAUUUUCAUCCAAACCGCCUCAUCGACUAGUCAGGAGAUUGCAAAGGCACCUAUUGUUGAGAUUAUUAAAAUCAUUAGAUCUGCCAAGGGUACGGUUUUGACUGAACUAGCUAAAUGGAAGAGGGGCUUACUGAAAUGCAGCCCUAUGGAGCAUGUUGAUCUCAGCUACAACACGCUUGGCAUAACUUAUUGGAAAAAUUUAGGGUUCGAGCACGUCGAUUAUGGAUCAGGUAAGCCGUUUUUGGUGACCGUACAUAAUGAAUAUAAGUUUGUCUCCUUCUGCAUACUAGGUUUACCGCAUACUCGCGAAAAUGGGGUUUAUAUAAAUGGACGCAUUGUUAAGAAGGAACACUUAGAAGCAUUCCAUGAAGAAAUGAAGCUGCUAGAAUAAUUUCAAAGGAAAGAGGGUUUUCAUCACCAAUAAUAAUACGAAUGGUUUGUACCGUCGAAUUAGUUCGAUCGCCUUACGAUCGAAAAUCAAUAAAUGCCUUGUAAUUUUUAGAGAUUCUCUAACUCUCUAAAAGGAGUACGUGCAUAUGGCUUGCAUAUCUAUAUAUGUAUUUUGUUUGUAGCACACAAAAAUAAAAAAAGAAUGAAAUUUGUUAUGGUAA